AUGACUUGUAAAUUGCCCCCGUAUAUCCUUCAAGAACUUCCCAAUAUCACCGAAAUUAUUAAUUAUCCUAUAAGAAAUGUGCAGCGUAUAAAGUUUACAUGCUUUGCUUUGUCUAAAUCAUUAAUAGCAUUUGGGGCCACAAGUGGUGGCAUCUAUGUCUACAAUAGAGAUCCCUGUGAAUUUGUGCAACUUAUACCUAGCAAGGAUGGUCCAAUAACACGUCUAGUAAUUUCAACUGAUGAAAAGCACAUUGGGUUUGCAAAUGGAAAAGGAAGCAUCAUGGUCACAGAGUGUGAUCAAGCCCUCCGGAGUGGUUAUUCACUGAUAACUUCAAAGGAGCACCAUGGAAAUGAAAUUACGUCUAUGGUUUGGAGUGGGAACAUGCUCUUUUGUGGUGAUGAUGUUGGAAGAGUAUCAGUAUUGCAGCUGCAGAGUUUUAUUGCCAAAACAAUGUUUCAAAGUUCGUCUCAAAUAAUUUUAAGCCUGGAUUCGCGCAUCUGUCAAUUGGACGCCAAAGACUGUAUGCUGCUUGUGUCAACAUUGACCCGCUGCUAUAUUUGCAACAUCAUUCAAGAACAAUAUAGGCAAAUCGGUCAAAAGCUGAGAGACGGCGAGUUCGGAGCCUGUUUCGUCACUGAAGAUAAAUGUGAAGUCAACGGUGCCAUUGAACAUAGUCAACAUGAUUGCACGGAAUUAAAGAAAUACAAUAUUGUGGACGAUGGUGCUGGAUUUAUUGUCAAACGGUACUGUGUUUCUAUCGGAGCGUUAGACGAAUCCAAAUUCGUGCCGAACAAUAUUUUCCUGACAUAUUUGAGUGCGUCGCCCGACAACGGCGAUUUGCUCGACGCCGUCGUAAACGAUCCGGCGCUCUACGAGUACUUCGUCGACUCGUGCAUAUCGACGAACGCGAGGACCCGAAAGCUGUCCACUGGCUGCGAGUGCGGCUUCCCGCUGCCCCACCGGAACGAAACGCCCGCCUUUUCGGGGCUGAUAGACCAGUUCGUGGAGAGGCAGUGGUCGCGCCACACGAGGGAGCAGUGCUACGCGGUGUGCAAACGGAUGCCGUACUCGUGGCGGAAGAUCCUGCACCUGAGGAGGAGCGAGGAUCUGCUCAGCGUGCUGAGGAUACUGCUGCAGAUGCUCGACGAGGCCCUGCUGCACUCGUUCCUGCCGCAGUUCACGAUGGACACCUGGGAUCGUGCGGUCCAGCUGUACGCCGUGCUGCAUGCCAACAUGUGCCUGAACUGCGGCAGGCGAUUCGACCACGUGUCCGUCAGGGACACGCUCAGCUGGGACGACCUGGGUUCGCUCAUCGUGAAGUCGGUGGGCGGCAAGAGGGCCGUGGAGGUGAUGAGGAGGCACGCGAAGCUGAUCGACACUGGUGCCCUGACCCUCAAGUUCUACCACACGUGUCUCCUCGUCUCGAUGUACGAGAGGUACGAUGUGACCAUCGUCGCGCAACUAGUGGACGCGGUGUACAGUUCCUACGAUUUCGAGGAGUCCAGGUCGGAGAUCUGUCAGCUGCUCCGCUGCGCUAGAAACGGCCAGAUAAAGAACACGGCCCUACCGCUCUCCGUCGCCGCCACGUCAGCGCACUGGGGAUUGAAGCCCGUACGCGACAAACUGCUCGUCCUACGAAGGUCCAAAGGCAGCACGGAACACCUCACCCUGAACGGGAUCCUGACGAUCGUGUGCGAGUCCAUCAAAGGUGGCGGCGACUGUACUCUGUGCGGGCUGCCGCUGAGGAACGAGGUGCUAAUCAAAGACGGCGGAAUAUGGACAUACAGAUGUGGCCACACCUUCCACGGCGCCUGUCUAGAUCUGAACGGCAUCAAGCUCUGCCCGUCCUGUUUGAUCAAA